GAGGAAUAAUAAUCGAACUAAGAGAGACGCGCUUCCUGCAAGACUCAGCAAUGGAUGUCAGUCGCUGCGUUAAAACGCCCAGAGAAUGGCUCGGCGUGGUUUGCGCACUGCUUUUACUCACCGAGUCGGUUCUGUGUGACCGUGCAGACUGGAAGAAGGAGCAGGAGUGUUAUAAUUACGCCGGUGGACACGUUUAUCCCGGAGAGGCUUUCCGCGUCCCGGUUUCUGAUCAUUCCCUUCACCUGAGCAAAGCCAAAAUCUCAAAACCAGCGCCACACUGGGAAGGAACAGCUGUGAUCAAUGGCGAGUUUAAGGAGCUGAAACUGUCAGAUUAUAAAGGAAAAUACCUGGUUUUCUUCUUCUACCCUCUGGACUUUAAACGUGUUGCUGACUCUGUCUCUGUCUCUCUGAUGUCAGUGUGUCCAGCUGGAUGGAAGCCUGGCAGUGAUACGAUUAUCCCAGACCCCGCAGGCAAACUCAAGUACUUUGAUAAACUCAACUGAGCUGAAUGUUUUCACUACACGUGCUUGUUCUGAUGACGGUUUCUGAAGCACAGAAUAAAA